AUGACGAUGGCCGCAUCAAAAGAACCGGUACGUUACGAAUCAAACCACGAACGCGUCGCUCGUCCUAACUCGUGGCCUGCGUUGCCUGUUUCAGGGACGGUGUGGACGGCGACCGCGCACAUCGUAACAGCGGUGAUCGGCUCCGGCGUGCUCUCGUUGUCCUGGGCCAUCGCGCAGCUCGGCUGGAUCAUCGGCCCGAUCGUCAUGCUGCUCUUCUCCUUCGUCACCUACUACACGGCCGCCCUCCUCGCCGACUGCUACCGCUCCGGCGACCCCGUCUUCGGCAACCGCAACAGAAGCUACACCGACGCCGUCCGCGCUUUCCUCGGUGGCGGCAAGGUCAAGCUCUGCGGCUUCAUCCAGUACGCCAACCUCUUCGGCGUCGCCAUCGGCUACACCAUCGCUUCCUCCAUUAGCAUGACGGCAAUCGAGAGAUCGAACUGUUUCCACGAGCACGGCCACAGCGAUCCUUGCCGCACCAACAGCAAUCCCUACAUGAUCAUCUUCGGCGUCGUACAGAUCUUCCUGUCGCAGAUUCCCGGCUUCGAUGAGAUCUGGUGGCUCUCCAUCGUCGCCGCCGUCAUGUCCUUCACCUACUCCACUAUCGGCCUCGCCCUCGGCAUCGUCCAGGUCGUAGAGAAUAAGCGAUUCAAAGGAAACCUCACCGGAAUCCGCGUCGGCAACGUGACGGAGAUGCAGAAGGCGUGGCGCAUCCUCCAGGCCUUCGGCGACAUUGCCUUCGCUUACUCCUUCUCCAUCAUCCUCGUAGAGAUCCAAGACACCAUCAAAAGUCCGCCGCCGUCGGAGGCGGCGGUGAUGAAGAAGGCCUCGAUGCUGAGCAUCUGCGCGACCACCUUGUUCUACAUGCUGUGCGGCACCAUGGGCUACGGCGCGUUCGGCGACGAGGCGCCGGGCAACUUGCUCACCGGUUUCGGCUUCUACAACCCCUUCUGGCUCCUCGACAUCGCCAACGCCGCCAUCGUCGUCCACCUCGUCGGCGCCUACCAGGUGUUUUGCCAGCCUCUGUUCUCCUUCGUCGAGAAGUGGACGGCCAAGGCGUGGCCGGAGGCUGCCUUCUUCUCCAAGGAGAUCGCGCUGGGCUCCUACAAGCUCAGCCUCUUCCGCCUCUUGUGGCGCUCCGUCUUCGUGGUGGUGACGACCAUCAUCUCGAUGCUCCUCCCUUUCUUCAACGACGUCGUCGGCCUCCUCGGCGCCGUCGGAUUCUGGCCGCUCACCGUCUACUUCCCGGUGGAGAUGUACAUCGCGCAGAAGAAGAUCCCCAGUUGGAGCACCAGGUGGAUGUGCCUGCAACUGCUGAGCUUGGCCUGUUGUGUCAUCUCGGUCGCCGCAGCAAUUGGGUCCAUCGCCGGAAUUUUAACCGAUCUCAAGGUCUAUCGGCCCUUCAGGCCAAACUACUGAAACUAAAUUCCCUCGUCGUCGGCCCACAACUAGAUGAAAGUAGAUAAAUCAAGUACCGAACAACCUCGACCUUACUAAAACUAAAAGAGGCACGUAG